AUGGGCUACAGGGCCAGUGUUACACCGGCGCGAGGCCAGUUCCAGUCCGUUCGGAGCAGAGACCGCGCUAAGAACGUCAUAUGUACAGCAGCCUACGGUCGGGAGCUCUCUCCGGGGGGUCUCUCUCCGGGAGGCUCGCGGUGUGGACCCGGGGGUGGAGGGCAUCACGGCGGCAUCAGAGGAGACUUGAAGGUGCAGGAUCCCGCGCAGUGCCGUGGAGUCAGCAUCUUGCACGAGAAAUGGUGCAACGCGUCGUGA